UUUCAUCUUACCUGUUCCUCGAUGCGGCCGCGCGCUGUCUUCCCGGCUUCUGUAAUGGCGCUCGGCAUGACAGCCGGGUGCCCAGUGCGCAUGAGCGAGAAGCACUUGCGCUUUGUGAUUGGUCCGGCGGCUUCUGGGAUCAGUCAUGUGUCCCAGGUACCGCCUUACCAUUCACAAAAAGCACCGCUUCUUGCGCAUGCGCACUUGGCACCCGGCUGUCAUGCCCAGUGCCCGCACUACAGAAGCCGGAAGACAGCGCGCCGCUGGAUAGAGGAACAGGUAAGGUCCCGCUGCAGAGCU